AAUCGAUCGGCGGCGGUGGCUCCGCGUGAGAAGAGCGAGCGACGUGCGCCCGAAUCGAUCUUGCGACCUGGACAUCGCGGUGGGCCGGCCGUCGCGGCAGAGCAGCGCCGGUGCCCGACGGACACGGUAGCAGUUCGUCUGUCGCCCGCGCGGGACGCCUCCGGGACAGCGCGCUUUCUCAAGGUUGGGGACUUCGGUCCUGCCGAGAAGCUGUGGCCAUGUGGCUAUCUAAUAGUUAAGGAAAGUGAGCCAUCCCCCGUUCCUGGCAAUCUUACAAAAACAUUUAGAGAUUUGGAGAUGAAAUACCCAGAUCUUACUUUGGAUGAUAUAGUGUUUGAUGUUGUGAGAGAACGAGAAGAUGAAAGUUUUGAAUUCGAAACCCCUGCAAGAUAUAUUAAGGGUUCC